AUGGUGGCCGCAUCUCCUGCAAUCGCAUCCAUCGAGGAAGCAGUCGCCCGUGUCGCGUUCCUUACUUCAGACACAGUCUACUCUGUCCAGGCAUCCUUCAAGCAGGCAAAUGCUUACACGCCCACACUCAAGCAGCUCGCUAGCCAGGGUGUCGCCAAUGUCUACAGUCCCGAAGUCCCCCGCGUCGAAAUCCUGCGCGCCAAUGCAGACCCUUUCCUCAGUGUUCUCGAGCACAGCAAUGACGGCCGACUCGCUUCGGUUGUCACUUCUUCGGCAACAUUGAUUCAGGCAAUCCCGCAUCUCUACAGACUCGCGCUCAGACCCGUCACCCUUUUUGUCGAUCUGGCCACUGCUGAAUCAAGCUUGCCAGACUAUGCAGACAUCUCUAGCCUGCGCUCAACUGGCUUCACCAUUUUUCAGGCAACAACUUUGCAAGAAGCACAAGAUCUCGCUAUUGUCGCGCGUUCUGUGGCGAUCGAAAGUGGCAAGGGUUCUAUCCUCUUUUACGAGAGCAUCACAGGCGAAUCGAUCUCUGUUGAAGAUCGUUCUUUCAUUGAACGUUCUAUUUCUACUGAAGCAGCACUCGAGGCGCGCGCUGCAGAGGUGCCCGCACAAGCACUCUACCUCGAUGAAGCGCCCAAGCGAUUCCGCAAUGAGCAAGAUGCCGAGGGCAAAGACAUCCAAGUUCAAGUCGAGGCCAAGACAUCCGUUGACGUUCUCCAGCUCGUCUCGACUGCAUUCAGCAACAUUAGCACUGCCUUCAACCGCACCUACGCCGCUUUUGAAUACACGGGCUCUGCUCAGGCAGAAUCUGCCAUUUUGCUAUUUGGCUCCAACGCCACCCUGUUCAAACAGCAAGUUGCAAAGUCCGAGCGUGGCAGCGACGAGUCGAAAAUCGGCAUCUUGACACUGCGCGUCUACCGUCCCUGGUCAGCUGCAGAGCUGUCUGCUGCUCUUCCCGCGGGUGUCACCAAGAUUGCAGUGCUUGAGCAAAUCAAGCAAAAGACAACAAAGUGGACACCAUUGUUCCUCGAUGCGCUCGUUGCACUCAAUGGAUCCGGCCGCUCACUCGUCGCUGGUCAACUCGGUUACAAUAAUGCCGACACGGUUGCUCAAGCACUACGUGGUGUUGUUCAAAAUCUGCAGGCGGCUGAACCAUUGCAAAAUAUGCUCUUUGGUCAAGAUCUCGCUGCUGUGGAAUCGAUUGCUGCUGUUGCUCCUAAACUUGAGUCUGCCUAUGAAAAGAUCCUCAACCAACUCUUUGCAGCGCGUCUCAAUAUCGCCAACAAGGGAAGCAAGUCUGCUUUGCCUGCUGCAGUGAGCAGCAAUCCUGAAUUUGCACUUGGUGCGCUCCUUGCACGUCAAGAGAAUCGUCAGGCUUUCAUCAAACAAGUCUCUACAACCAUCAAGGAUGGCUCGCUUGCCAAACCAACAGUCGAUGCAUUGGACAAAUGGACUGUGCAAGCCAACAAUAAAGCCGAAUGCGCUGCUGCCUCGCAUGCUGCCAUCGCUGCGCUCGAGCAAGAUUCUUCAGAGGAUGCAAAGGCUUUGCUUGCUUCCAAAGAACUUUUUGAUGCUGGUUCUGACUGGAUCAUUGGUUCAGAUGCUUGGGCGUAUGAUCUUGGUAAUUCCGGUGUUCAUCACUUGCUCGCUACUGGCUUGAAUGCCAACAUGCUCAUUAUUGAUUCAACACCUUAUUCGGCUCGCAAUGCAGAGGCUGCUAAUAAGCGAAAGAAGGAUAUUGGCUUGUAUGCCAUGAAUUUUGGUAAUGCGUAUGUUGCUUCAACUGCCGUGUAUGCAAGCUACACACAAGUACUUGCAGCCAUGGUCGAGGCCGACAAAUUUGAUGGGCCAUCUGUGGUGCUUGCUUACUUGCCAUAUGAGCGUGAAGACGAUACACCCGUCACUGUCCUUCAAGAAACCAAGAAUGCCGUUGAGUCCGGAUACUGGCCCCUAUACCGCUACACACCUUCUGCGGAUACUUCGGCGAAUGACUUCCAGCUUGAUUCAGAGCGUUUGCAAGUCGAACUCAAGGCUUUCCUGAAGCGUGAGAAUCACCUCUCUCAACUCGCUGCACGGGACGCUCGAUUCGCUGCUAGUCUGGCGCAGUCGUAUGGCGCUGAAGUACGCAAUGCGCAAAAACGCAAGGCGAAGCAGGCCUUUGACAAGAUGUUGGAUGGGCUUUCUGGACCCCCUCUCACAAUCUUGUAUGCGUCGGAUGGUGGCAAUGCAGCAAAUUUGGCGAAACGGUUGCAACGUCGCGCCAAAGCCCGUUCUCUCAAGGCAAAAGUCCUUGCAAUGGAUGAUUUCCCCGUUGAGGAUCUUGCCUCUGAGCCUAACCUUGUGUUGAUCUCAGCGACUGCUGGACAGGGUGAAAUUCCACAGAACGGUCGCAACUUUUGGGAUGCCGUCAAGGCUUCUAUGGAUCUGGACCUUAAGGAGACACAAUUCGCUGUGUUUGCUAUGGGUGAUUCGCACUAUUGGCCUCGCGCUGCUGACAAGCAUUACUACAACAAGCCAGGCAUGGACUUGCACAAGCGAUUCUUGGAAUUGGGAGCAAAGUCGUUGAUUGACAUCACCGUGUCUAUGGGAGAUGACCAAGAUCCUGAUGGUUACGAGACUGGUUAUCAGGCCUGGGAGCCUGAACUUUGGAAGGCCUUUGGAGUUGACCACAUGGAUGUUGUUGUGGAUGAACCAAAAGCACGUACACCGGAAGACGUCAAGGUCGAGUCCAACUUUUUGCGCGGUGGUAUCGUUGCUGGACUAGCGGAUGGAUCAACAGGUGCGAUUUCAGCAGAUGAUGCCUUGUUGACCAAAUUCCAUGGUACCUACAUGCAAGAUGAUCGGGAUGUGCGAGAGCAGCGCAAGGCAGAUGGUCUUGAACCUGCUUAUUCCUUUAUGAUUCGUGCACGUUUGCCAGCUGGUGUUGCUAAACCAUGGCAGUGGUUGCAGAUGGACGAGAUUUCCGACACGUAUGGCAAUCACACAUUCAAAUUGACGACGCGUCAAACUUUCCAGUGGCAUGGUGUGUUGAAGCGUAAAUUGAAGAAGACCAUUGCUGCCAUCAACAAGGCGCUCAUUACGACCAUCGCUGCUUGUGGUGAUGUCAACCGUAAUGUCAUGUGCUCCACCAUUCCAACACUCUCGGCAUUCCAUGCAAAAGUCUUUGAUACCGCCAAGGGCAUCAGCGACCACUUGCUACCAAGCACUUCAGCAUACCACGAGAUUUGGCUCACUGAUGAGGAUGGCAAUAAGGCACAAGUUGCUGGCGAUGCUAUUCAAAACAAAUCCGACACGGAGCCCUUGUAUGGCCCGACCUACCUGCCCAGGAAGUUCAAGAUUGCCGUGGCUGUGCCGCCUUAUAACGAUGUCGAUGUGUUUACCAAUGAUGUCGGCUUCAUCGCAAUUCGUGAUGAUGCUGGCGAGUUGGCUGGAUUCAACGUAUCGAUUGGUGGUGGUAUGGGUACAACGCACAACAACAAAAAGACUUACCCACGUCUCGGUACCGUCAUGGCGUUCUGCACACCAGAGCAAGUCAACAAGGUUGCUGAGGGUAUCAUGAUUUGUCAGCGUGAUCACGGUGACCGCAAGGACCGCAAGCAUGCACGUAUGAAGUACACCAUUGACGACUAUGGUGUACCAUUCUUCCGUGAGUUUGUGGAGAAGUAUAUUGGCUACAAGCUUGAAGAGCCACGCCCCUAUGAGUUCAUUGAGAAUGUCGAUCACUUUGGUUGGCAGAAGGGCGAGGAUGGCAAAAACCACUUUGGCAUGUUUAUCGAGAAUGGUCGAGUUGAAGAUACUCCGGACUUCCAGAUGAAGACUGGAUUGCGGGAGUUGGCAAAGAUGUUGGAUGAAGGUGCAGAGUUUAGACUCACCUCCAACCAACAUGUCAUCUUGUCGAAUGUGGAUGAUAGCCAGCUGGACGCCGUCAAGGACGUGCUUGCCAAGUACAGACUCGACAACCUCAAAUACUCGAGUUUACGUCUCAGCUCUUCUGCUUGUGUGGCGUUCCCUACUUGUGGUCUUGCCAUGGCCGAGUCGGAGCGAUACCUACCUGUGCUCAUCACAAAGCUUGAGGAGACCAUCAUCGAGGCUGGCCUCGAAAAGGAGAGCAUCGUCAUGCGCAUGUCUGGUUGCCCCAACGCUUGUUCACGACCUUGGGUCGCUGAGAUUGCGCUUGUGGGUAAAGCCUUCAACACGUACAACCUCUACCUCGGUGGUGGCUACCAUGGCCAACGUCUCAAUAAGCUCUACAAAGCAUCAAUCCAGGAAUCCGAAAUUCUCGAUAUCUUGCGGCCGAUGCUCAAGGAGUUUGCACUCAAGAAGAAGGAGGGACAACACUUUGGUGACUUUGUCAUUGAGCGCGGAUACAUUGUUGCUACACGGGAAGGAAAGGACUUCCACGACGAUGUACCAGAGGAGGAUGAGCUUGUAGGCGCAUAG